CUAAAAGAAAUAAGAAUUGAAAAUCAAAGAAAGCCCAUUCACCUCCCUCUUCCUCGGCUUCAAUCCCCCCUGAAACAGUGAAACCCCAGAAAGAAAAUGGCCCUAGAGACCUAUUUCCAGUUCAGCUCCAUUGCAGCUACAACUAGAGCUUCUGUUUUACAUCCUCUCUCUUCAAUUUCCUCCAGGGAAAGGUUCAAUUUGCCGACAUGCAAAGGGUUGAAGGUGUCUACCCUCUCUCAUUCAGCACCAUCAUCAUCUUCGUCUUUAUCCCGUUCUCUUGAUCACAGAUGCCGUGGAUCCAGAAUUGUCUGCAAAGCCGGAGAAGUCAUCGAUGAGGUUCGAGUGGUGAACGAAAAAAGCUGGGAAAAUUCUGUCAUUGCAAGUGAACUCCUAGUUCUGGUGGAGUUUUGGGCACCAUGGUGUGGGCCAUGUAGGAUGAUCCAACCUGUGAUUGAAGACUUGGCAAAGAAGUAUGCUGGCAAGAUUGUGUGUUUCAAGGUCAACACUGAUGAGUGCCCAAACAUUGCAACAGAAUAUGGGAUCCGGAGCAUCCCAACUGUGUUGUUCUUCAGGAAUGGAGAGAAAAGAGAGAGUGUUAUUGGUGCUGUGCCAUUCUCUACUUUGAGUGCUGCUGUAGAUAAAAAUUUGGAAUUGUGAAGACAGAAAGUGAUCCUUUUAUCAACACCAUUGUUUUGUUCCACAUUGAUGGCAAGCACUAUCCAUGUAUAAAUUCACUCGAAGGAACUCUGAACAACUGUGAUGCUAAAAUUUCUGUUUAUGUAUUUCUUAUGGUAAACCA